GAGCGGCGGGGGCUGGACCGCGCAGAGCCAGCAGCCGGGCCAGGCCGGGCGAGCCCUCCCGCGACCCGUGCCAGGAGCAAAGGUAGCGACGCCUCGCCAGCAUCCCAGACAGCCGCGCUCCAGCCGGGCCUGGUAGCCGGGCGAGAGAGAGAGAGAGAGCCCAGCUCGAGUCCAGCUUCUAUCUGCACAGCCUCGGGCGAGGGUUGGUCCUUUGCAGAGCUCCCUCUCCGGCAGGAGCAAGCGGGCCACCAUGACCGAGAACUCCACGUCCACUCCUGCGGCGAAGCCCAAGCGGGCCAAGGCCUCCAGGAAGUCCACAGACCACCCCAAGUAUUCGGACAUGAUCGUGGCUGCCAUCCAGGCCGAGAAGAACCGCGCCGGCUCCUCGCGCCAAUCCAUCCAGAAGUAUAUCAAGAGUCACUACAAGGUGGGUGAGAACGCCGACUCCCAGAUCAAGUUGUCCAUCAAGCGCCUGGUGACCACCGGCGUCCUCAAGCAAACCAAAGGGGUGGGCGCCUCGGGGUCUUUCCGGCUGGCCAAGGGUGAUGAGCCCAAGAGGUCGGUGGCUUUCAAGAAGACGAAGAAGGAAGUCAAGAAAGUGGCCACGCCAAAGAAGGCAGCGAAGCCCAAGAAAGCUGCCGCCAAAGCCCCCAGCAAGAAACCCAAAGCCACCCCAGCCAAGAAGGCUAAAAAGAAGCCGGCUGCCGCGCCCAAGAAAGCCAAAAAGCCCAAGGUUGUCAAAGCCAAGCCAGUCAAGGCAUCCAAGCCCAAGAAAGCCAAAUCCGGAAAGCCCAAAGCCAAGUCCAGUGCCAAGAGGGCCGGCAAGAAGAAGUGACAAAAAAGCCUCUUGAUAUGUGGACACUCCUCCUUGUUUCUGUAAAUACUUUUCUCUAUCUCACCUGCAGCCCUUCGCCCAUUCUCUUCUGACUUUGUAAAGACAGUCCGGACUCUUCAGACAUUGUGGAACAAUUCCUUUUUCCUUGAUAAUUGUGCAAGGACAGCAAAGACCCUUCUCUCUAAUCAUGAGGAUGUACUUCUGUCUCGCUUUGUUUUGCAUUUAACCUUCCAUAUGGGGUUAGGGAAUUGGGGUGGGGGGUGGCUGUGUGUUUUAUUGGGUGGUUUGUUUACUAGGAAGGUUGCUAGAAUUGGCAAGGCAGUUGGUUCUGGCUAGGUGAGGGAGCCCGGGAAAAUGAAGUUUACGGGAGGAUCUUUGAAGGCUUAAGUCGGGACAUCCUUGGGGAAGUCUCAGAAUCUCUGGACAAUAAAGGGUGGUAUUGCCCGGUGCUCAAGAAGGAAGAUGGAAAACCCUCCCUGCGGUGUUUGGGACCCAGGUUCUUUUUCGCUUGUCAGUACCUCCCUAUUGUCUUGAAGGGGAAGGACGUCCAAGUGACAGCUGGUUAGAGAAGCAAUAGCUUCUCCCAGUCAGGAUCUAGCCAUUGGUGGUGGGGGGCGGGGGGUGGAUCUUUGUGGCUUCAGUCUCUUGUUAAAUGAGAGUGGAAACUUUUGGGGGAAGGGUGGGGAGUCAGUCCGCCAAGUGCCUCAGUGUGCCCUAUUGAAACUUGGGUUUUUCCACACAAUUGGUGGAUUGUGUGUGCCCCUGGAGGACUCUGUUCUUCAUUUAUUUCCCCCUCCUGUAGAAGAUGUGGCUUUGCUCAGGCUGGUGCGGCUUCGGUUCCACCAGCUGCCACUUAAAAAAAAUAAAUAAGCCCUCCCAACCUCUUUACUUUUGACUCUCUCCUAGGUAGUAGUAGAGGUGGGGGAGGGGCAGGGAGUGGACUAAGACAUACCGCAGUUGAAUUUGCUAGUUAGCUUUAGGGAACUAGGUCUGUGUGCAUGUGUGUAUAUGUAUAUAAGCGUGUCUAGGGCUAGUACUUAUGUCUCACAUCGGGAGCUGGGAGAAAAAAACCUGUACAGUUGUCUUUCCCUUUAAUAAGAUAGGAAACUCGCGCGCGAAUGCCCCUCCCCCCUUUUUAAACAAGUGUUAUCUGUGCCGGGAAAAAUUUGCUGUGGCUGUAAUUUUAAAACUUUAAAAUAAAAUUGGAAAA